CGAUCGCGCGCCAUCACCGCGCGAAGGCAAGCGAAUAUUUUAUUAGGUGCUUUUUGCCAAGAACGACCAGGUCGGGGAUUCAAGCAGAGGAAAGGAACAUCAGAUAUUGAAGUAGGAACACCGAAAACAGCACCUGAAGAUUGUUGUUGGAAACACAAGAAGGACAGACCGGAAUUGAGGGCGUACUGUUUGAAAUGGUUAAUUUUCAGUCAUGGAGAACUAGACGAUUUCUGGGAAUAUUGGUAACAUUGGCUCUAGUCCUUCCAGAGCUGGUCGUAUGUAAGGAGGUCGAAGUGCUUACUAACUCCUGGCUAGUGGAGCUUGAGGCCCCUGGAGGAGCAAGAGUCGCCAGAGAUGUAGCAAAGAGAACAGGAUUUACCUAUGUGUCUCCGGUUCUCAACUCACAAACACAGUUUCAUCUCAUCCAUAAGGGAGUUCACCAUGCCAGAUCAAAGCGAAGCAUACCGCAUACUAGACUCUUAAAGGCACAUCCCCAUGUAAAAAGCGCCGUUCAACUCACCGGAUAUUUACGUCAGAAAAGAGGCUAUAAACCUUUGGAUGCUAUACUUACGGAUUUUAGGCUACAAAAGCCCAAAAUAGUAAAUUACCCAGUUUUUGAAAAGCCAAAGCCAAAAUUACCCACAGAUCCAGAUUUUGACAAAGAAUGGUACUUGAGGAACACCGGACAGAGCGGAGGAGUAGCCGGCCUUGACCUUAACGUAGUGGAGGCAUGGGAGAUGGGCUACACCGGAACAGACGUCACCACCGCUAUAAUGGAUGAUGGUAUCGACUAUCUGCACCCCGACCUGCGCCACAACUACAAUGCCGAAGCCAGUUAUGAUUUUAGCAGUAACGACCCCUAUCCAUACCCUCGCUAUACAGAUACAUGGUUCAAUAGUCAUGGGACUCGAUGUGCUGGCGAAGUAUCCGCCGCCAGGGAUAACGGUGUUUGCGGAGUGGGCGUGGCUUAUGGGUCAAAGGUUGCAGGUCUGAGAAUGCUGGACCAGCCCUUCAUGACGGAUCUGAUUGAAGCCAACGCUAUGGGCCACAUGCCAAACCUGAUCGACAUCUACAGCGCCAGCUGGGGGCCCACAGACGACGGCAAGACGGUUGAUGGCCCCAGGAACCUUACCAUGAGGGCCAUCGUCAACGGCGUCAAUAACGGUCGUAAUGGCAAGGGCAACAUCUACGUCUGGGCGUCAGGUGACGGCGGCCCCAAUGACGACUGCAAUUGUGACGGCUACGCAGCCAGUAUGUGGACCAUAUCCAUCAACUCCGCCACCAACGACGGCCAGACUGCCGGCUACGACGAGAGCUGCUCCUCCACUCUUGCCUCCACCUUCAGCAACGGCAAAGCAACGUCACGAGAUGCUGGAGUGGCGACCACCGACCUGUACGGCAACUGCACCGCCAGCCACUCCGGAACAUCAGCAGCAGCCCCUGAGGCAGCUGGAGUUUUCGCUCUAGCCCUUGAAGCCAACCGGAAUCUGACGUGGCGUGACAUUCAGCACCUGACUGUUCUCACCUCCAAGAGGAACUCACUCUACGACUCCAACGGAGUCCACGAAUGGAAGUACAACGGCGCCGGCCUGGAGUUCAACCACCUCUUCGGCUACGGCGUGCUUGACGCUGCCGCCAUGGUGGAUCUGGCCCGCACUUGGAAGGGACUUCCCGAACGUUUCCACUGUACCGCCGGAUCCGACAGCACUGAGAGGUAUUUCGAUAUGACCAACCCCAUCCGUAUCACCAUUGACACCGACGGUUGUGCCGGAAGUGACAGCGAAGUCAACUACUUGGAGCAUGUGCAGUCGUUCGUCACUCUGCGAGCAACGUUCCGAGGGACCGUCACCAUCUACCUCACCUCUCCCAUGAAUACCACAUCGAUGAUCUUGAGCCAGCGACCCAACGACGACGACAGCAAGAACGGCUUCACCCGAUGGCCCUUCAUGACUACACACACCUGGGCCGAGAUGCCCCAUGGCCGCUGGACCUUGGACGUUAUCCUGGAACCAAUCAUCGGUCUGAAGACCAACCACGAGGAAGGAGUCUUCAAGGAAUGGACCCUAGUCCUCCAUGGAUCUAAGGAACAGCCCUACAGGGACCAGCCUGUAAACAAGGCAAAACAUCAGAAGCUGUACAAGGUCAAGAGACAGCAUGCUAGUGGCAUUGCUUUCCGGAAGUAAACGCAGAGUUACCCCCCGUUGCAUUGGACAUAAUGGCUGACAGCUCUCUUGCUUUGACGGUUACCGUCACAGCCAGUGUCUCGAUGCUUAGGGCAGGUAUUGCGUUUCAGCGUUCUGACAGCAAGGAAAUAAAAUAUUAUCGAGUUACAAAAUUUGUUCAAUUGUUAUUAAACGAAACAUCGUAUUUUAAACAAUCCUUCUAAUUUGGGUGAUUCAUUGUCAAAAUUGUCGAAAUGGUAUUUCUUUUAAAACUUGGAUAUUUGUGAUACCGUUUUAAGUUAAGAUCACAUGGAAGUGCCAACGAAAUUGAAUUAUCUAAAAUGGCAGUCUUAUUUCCAAAAAAAAUUAUGACAAUCUUUGAUGAUAUGAAUUAAAUAUUUAUAUAUUUUGCCAUUCUUCAAAGAGAUUUUUCACUUAUUUCUCAUAUUGAUGGAAAUUCAUCAAUCAACAUUUUUCACAUUUCCAUUUUUAAGUUUUCAGAAGAAACAUACAAAUAUACUAUUUUUGUUAGAAACUGGUUGUAAUAAUUCCUUAUAAAAGCUCUGGCUCGGUUUCUGCAAUUGUUAUCGUUAUAAUUUUAUCACAUGUGAUAAUUUCAGUGUAAUACUGUAUUUUUUGUUUAUGACUAUUGCACUGAAACUGUACAAACAAUAUAUAACAUAUUAUUACAUUAUUUUCCUGUUAUAGAAUCAGAUUUCACACAAUAUUAUGCAGCCAUUCAUACCGCAAGGAGGUACUAUAUCAUGGUCGUCAACUCCGGUUCUUUCCGCAACUUUCGAACAAAUCCGAAAUGAACCAUUCGCCACCACACGUAUUUUUCCGUUCAUUGCAUUCCGGAAAAUCACGAGUGAUAAUAUGGUAACGAACACGUCCGAAUGUGGCGUAAAGAACCGAAAUUGCACGAACGAAAAGUGAAAGGGAGGAAUGAGAGAGAGAGUGUGCAUAUCGAAAUUAUUUACACAAAGUAUUAUUUUUAAAACCAAAACUGCAUACUUUAAACAUUUGGCAGAGUGUGGAGUUUUACGACGGCGUUUCUGUGUUGCGCAUUGCACAUUCACUGUUGAGGCAAUAAGCUGCGAGGUUAGCUAUAUAUGUUGUGUGUUCUCCACCACGUCCUUUGUACAUGUCAAAUUUAGCUCACCUGGCUGUGUUCUAUAAAUAGUCAUUGUAUGUCGCGGUGUGUUAUUGUCAACUACUUGAACUUGCUAGCAAAUCGUGAUAUUCUCCGAAAAUACAUUAAUCAUUUCGAAACACUGCCUAGAUACAUAUUUUACUAUUUUAGGCAAUUAUUCUGUGAAAUUUUACAGCAUUGAUCAUAAUCUAUUUGCCAUCGACGUAUAUAUUUGCAAUAGGUAUAUAUAUAUCUAUGUUUUCUAUGGAACAAUGUGGUCGUGACUCAAGCACUUGAAUUUCAAGUUGCAUAUGUGCAUUAGUUCAGCCCGUAAUGCUCAGUCCCACCCCUGUUUGCCCUACCCACACUAAGCCACCCUGUCACACCCGCACCUCCCGACUGCUGAUAGGUGCGCCCACAGUGCGUCUUUUUCUGCUUGCAUUACCCAUGUUCCUGUAUUCGUAGACUCUUCUGUGCCCAAAGACCAAUUCUACUGUGCUAAAUAUUUGCGAACCCAGCGCACUAUUUUCCUGGUAUGUUUCACAGGAACCAAUUUCAUACCCUUAACGCUCGUUUGACUUAGGUGAACAAAUCUACCGCUUCUACAGUCACCAUCACAGGAACUGUUAUUUAGCAUAUAGUUGCUAAGUUGUUGGUAUUGUAUGGUUGUGCUCAAGACUACUCCUAGUCCCCUGGUACAGCUGGUUGUGCUCGACUUGUUAUGACAAAGUUGUCCAGUGCACAACAGUAUGUCCCCAUGUUCAACUCUGCUGUAUCGGUGAGCUCGCCCGGCUGUUCCGGUAGUCCAUCUUGUCACCAUCGUCUGAAUCUGAAAACAUCCUAGAUGUACCGUUUUCUGGUUGAUCCUAAAUCAAAAAUUAUUUGAUUAUCCUGUUUAAGAGUUAUUUUUCAAACAAUGCUGAUAGUGACGACAGAUCCACCUCUUCGUGCCCCGCCUGACCACACUCACUAGACGACCAAGAUCAAUGUCUCGCUUAUAACAUCAGUUGUCACUAGCUGUAUAUUUGUAACUUUCUGUGAUGUAAAAACUGUUGAGUGAAAUAAAAGCGUUUGGCAAACGCA